ACGAAAUCCCGAAAAGCUCUUGCAUUCGCGAGGUGGUAACAAACGUUGAAUGGAGCACGUAGCUCAAUGACAAGACCCGAAGUCAACCGAAGCCCCAAGAAAUGGAAACGAAAUCGAAAGUGCAGUCAUGUUCUGUUCAUAUUUCUGUCAAAAUAUGGGCCAAGAGAUAUCGCAACAGCAAAAUCAGCCACACCAACAACACCAGCAGCACCAACAGCAAACACCCCACCACAAGCGACAGCCGCAGCGCAAAAGCUUCAGCGGCAUUAGCACCACCAACCAGCCAAUCUACACGCCCACCAGCCACCUGUCCACCAGCUCCUCCACCACCAACGACUACAGCACCACCAAUAACACGAAUAACACUAACAACCAGAACUAUCGAUUGCGUCACAAGUACAAUUUUGGGAAACAAACCUACGAGAGAAGUAAAAUUCCAGGCAGUGGAGCGGGCACAAGUCAAUCGGACACCGAUUCGCACUACGCCAAGCUAAAUCUCCAGAGGAGCAGCUCCCAGAGUUCCGACAGCGGGAUCUACAACUCGUCGUGCCACUGCAGCUCCAUAUCCUCCAUAUCGGCGGUCAGCAGCAGUGCCAGCAGCAGUCGCAGCAGCAGCAGCUCCAGCCGGGGUUGUCCCAGUUCCCUGGUCUCCAGCAAGUCCAAUCGAUCGCUGGACAAGCAGAAGCACUACCUGAGCCACCACCUGUACAUCAAGUCCUAUCUGGACAUCUUGGAGGAGGACGAGCGGGCACGGGCGCACUUCAAAUCCGCUCGUCCAGGUGGCAUACGCAACUAUACACCCAAGAUCUUGGCCAGCGGAGAGUCGAGUAUUACGGGGAACUCCAGUUCCAACACCAACACCACUGCCUCCUCAGCCGCCGGCCUUUCAUCGAGUGCUCCGGCCCAUUGUUACGGACCGGGAAGGAGGUCAUCGACAUCCGGGGGAGGAGUGGGAGGAUCAGGAUCCGGACCAGGAGGAGCAGGAUCAGGAGCAACCGGAGCGGGCAAACACUGCCAGGAGGAUCCCGUCGAUCCCGAGAACAAGGUCCAGGAGCCAACCGUUAUACGACGUCAGUAUGAUUUUGUGGUGAUUGGCGGCGGAUCCGCUGGAGCUGUGGUGGCCAAUCGCCUGAGCGAGGUGCGCAACUGGACGGUACUCCUCCUGGAGGCCGGCGGCGAUGAGACGGAGAUCUCGGAUGUGCCAGCCUUGGCGGGCUAUCUGCAGCUGACGGAGUUGGACUGGAAGUACCAGACAACGCCGUCGUCCACCCGCCAGUAUUGUCAGGCGAUGAAGGGCGAUCGGUGCUUCUGGCCGAGGGGAAAAGUCCUUGGCGGCAGUUCUGUUCUGAAUGCGAUGGUCUAUGUGCGUGGCUCUAAGAACGAUUACAACCACUGGGCCUCGUUGGGCAACCCGGGCUGGGAUUACGAUAGCAUGCUCAAGUACUUCCUGAAAUCGGAGGAUGUUCGCAAUCCGUACUUGGCCAAGACGCCGUACCAUGAGACGGGCGGCUAUCUGACGGUCCAGGAGGCUCCCUGGCGAACCCCCCUCUCGAUAGCCUUCCUGCAGGCGGGCAUGGAGAUGGGCUACGAGAAUCGCGACAUUAAUGGCGCCCAACAGACGGGCUUCAUGCUGACACAGAGCACCAUUCGACGGGGCGCCAGAUGCUCUACGGGCAAGGCCUUCAUCCGCCCGGUGCGCCAGCGUCAGAACUUCGAUGUCCUGCUCCAUGCGGAGGCCACCAGGAUCCUGUUCGAUAAGGAUAAGCGGGCCAUUGGGGUGGAGUACAUGAGGGGUGGUCGCAAGAACCUGGUUUUCGUGCGGCGGGAGGUGAUUGCAAGUGCCGGAGCCCUAAAUACCCCCAAAUUACUAAUGCUUUCGGGCAUUGGACCAGCCGAGCAUCUGCAGGAACACAAUAUCCCCGUAAUAUCCGAUCUGCCCGUGGGCAACAACAUGCAGGAUCACGUGGGUCUGGGUGGUCUCACCUUUGUGGUGGAUGCCCCGCUGACCGUCACCCGCAGUAGGUUCCAGACCAUCCCUGUUUCCAUGGAGUACAUUCUACGGGAACGUGGUCCCAUGACAUUCUCGGGUGUGGAGGGUGUGGCCUUCCUGAACACCAAGUACCAAGAUCCCUCGGUGGACUGGCCGGAUGUGCAGUUCCAUUUUUGCCCCAGUUCGAUUAACUCCGAUGGCGGCGAACAGAUUCGCAAGAUACUGAAUCUGCGCGAUGGCUUCUAUAAUACAGUAUACAAGCCACUGCAGCACAGUGAAACCUGGUCGAUAUUGCCACUGCUUCUGAGACCCAAGAGCACCGGUUGGGUGCGCCUGAACUCGAGAAAUCCGCAACAGCAGCCCAAGAUCAUACCGAAUUACUUUGCCCACCAGGAGGACAUCGAUGUGCUGGUCGAGGGCAUUAAGUUGGCUAUAAAUGUCUCGAAUACCCAGGCAUUUCAGCGAUUUGGCUCCCGGCUGCACAAUAUACCUUUGCCGGGCUGCAGGCACCUGCCAUUCCAGUCGAAUGAGUACUGGGCCUGUUGCAUCAAGGAGUUCACCUUCACGAUCUAUCAUCCCGCCGGCACCUGCCGCAUGGGUCCCAGCUGGGAUGUUACGGCCGUCGUGGAUCCCCGACUCCGGGUCUACGGGGUGUCCGGAGUUCGGGUGGUCGAUGCCAGCAUUAUGCCAACGAUCGUCAAUGGGAAUCCCAAUGCCCCGGUCAUCGCCAUCGGCGAAAAGGCCUCCGAUUUGAUCAAGGAGGAUUGGGGCGCCAGGCGGCCGAUCACUGCAUCUUAGUUUAGAAUUUCUAUCGCUAAUUUAUGUUUCAACUAGUCAAAUGUGGAUUAACUGAUGUAAUAGUAUCGCUAUGUGUUUUUGUUUAUCGAUUUCCUCGUUUCGUUUGUCGCUAAAUUUAUUCUUAGUUAUUCUGUUAAGUUAGGUGUACGA